AUGGGGGAAGAUUCUCUGACAUCAAGUAACCUCAAUAUCUUUUCUUCCCUAUGCAUAGCAUUAAAUGGUUUGGCAGAAAAUAAUGUUCUAGAUGGAUAUUUUCUUCCAAGUGACGUAGAUCUUCAUCAGGUUAUUGUAUUGCCAAAAGCGGAAUGGGAAAGGAUUCAAGACAAUCUUGGCAGCACAACUAGAGAAGCAGCACGUAUCCUUGCUGAGAGAAAAGAACGGAAAGAAAUGCACUUACGCUCCAAGGCAGCCAUAAAAGACUGGCCCAAUACCAUUAUGGGCCUGGCACAAAGGAAACUUAAAGCCAAAAAGCUAUGUGCAGAAAGGGAAGAGGAAGAGAGAAGGUUAACUGAUUUGGAAGAAGCACAGUUCCAAGCAGCAAAACGGAAAGAGGCUAUCGAUCAAGCAAGAACCUACCAAUACUAUAAGAAUGAAAGAGUGAAAGGGUUACAUAGUGCGCUUCUACUUACUAAGGUCCUAAAAGAAAGAGAUGCUCAAGUUGAAUUUAAAAAGUUAAAGCGAGAUGUUAAUAAAAAGAAGGAAGAAGAAAUGGAACAUGAAUGUAAAAAAGCUAUUCUCAGAGAGCAGGAAAAGGAUGAACGUUCAUAUAACGAACGUUAUAUGAAACGAAAGGCACUUUGCAGAGAUCAGCUGGAGCAAAUAAAGGAGCACAAGCAUCAGGCAGAACUAGCCAAGCUAGAAGACAAAAGAGAAGGAGAAGAAAUUCAGAGAUUGACCCGGUUGUACCAACUGGAAAUUCAGAGAGGAAAGGAGAAGGAACAGGUGGAAAAACUUGAACGUCGGAGGCUGCAUCAUGAACAUGUAGCUGACCAGAAAAUAAUCAAAGCAGUAGAGGAGCAAAAACAAGAGGAAGAAGAUGAUCGGAUUAGAGCUCAUUUUAAAGCAAAGCAAAUUAUAGCCAAGCUGAGAAAUGAAAAAGAAACUGAAAUGCAAAGGCUAAUGCAGGAACAUCAGGAUAUCAUUGUUAACCGACUUGCUGCACAGAUGAGUGAGGCAUUUAAGAUGGAAGAUGAUCGUAUUGCUAAAGACAUUGUAAAACAAGAAGCUAAACAAGAAAAAGAACGCAAAGACAAAGAAGAAAAAAAAAAGGCUGACAUUGAAUCUAUUGCUGAACAUAGAGCCACUGUGGGAGCCUGGCCCAGAUCACAGGUGGUGGGUCUGGUGUCAUCCAUCAGCAUGCUUCAUCAGGUCAUCUGCCAUCUUUCCUGGGGGUCCUCUGUCCCUCUUCCGCCGCAUGUUGGGCACAUAUCUGGCAGCUCUGCUGAAAACCCUGGGCUUGGACACUGGCCAGCCACACUGACCGUGCUCAUCACCGCUCUGAAGCGGGGGUGCUUUUGCUGUAAAAUACAGAUGAAGAUGAAAGCGGAAAGGGAGAAGGAGGAAAAAGCAGAGGGUAAGAAAGACCUUCACGAGUUAAUGGAAGCAGAUCGCGUCUACCUGGAAAAGGAAAAAGCCAAGAAACAAAGACGUCGUGAUGAAAAUAUGGAAGUCCAGAAAAUUCAGGUCCAGCAAAUGGCUGAAAAGCAGGCAAGAAAACAGCGGGAGAAACAAGCAGACUUGGACUAUGAUGCUCAGAGAGAAGUUAUUGCACUUUUUAAGGAGCAAGAAUUUCAGAACUAUGCAAAGCAAGUAAUUGAAUCAGAGUCCAAGACUACACAUAAUCUUUAUCCUCUUCUCAAAGCAUCCAAAGAAGGAACAGGACUUGUGCAUGGGUCACUUCCCAGAGGAAGAGGACCUAGUUAUCAAGCACAAGAUAUUGCUGGGACUCAGUUACCUUGUUGUAUCUGUACUACAACUCAGGAAGUAAAAACAUGAAAUAACAUUGAGACUAUCCAACAAGCAAAGCCCAAAGUAGUUUUCAUGUGGCAAAAACAAUAGAUUCAAUAUCUUUUUGAAUCUUAUGGGAAGAGUUAAAAGUGUAAGGGAUCCAAAUUGAACAUACACUAUGAAACUGGAAGCCUAUUUGAAAAAAAUGCCAGAGAGCUGACUACAGUCUCAAAAAUCACCAAUCUGUAUUUUUUGAUAGUUUGUUAAACUGGAGACAGAACUGCAGGAUAUGUAAUUGACCUCUGUGUAACAUAUUCCAUCCAACUUUUCACUGUUGCUCUUAAGUUUUUAUUAUUUAUUAUUCCCAAAAUUCACUGAAAAGGUGCCCUAGACUUUUCAAGUCUACAACAUAUGAACAUGACCCAAAUUCCCAGUGAAGGAUCAGCAUGGAAUUCUUUUCUACACUAGCUGCACCCAAAUAAUGCUAGUCCACUUCAAAACCCUUUUGGUCUUACCUUUCCCCUAUAUCCUUAAGCCUGUAGAAUGCUAUUUUGUUAUCAGGAGAGAAUGUCCAUUAUUUUCUACGUAUGUCAGUCAUUUCUUUCACUAGCCUAUUUCCAAUUAGGUAUUCCCAGUGAAGAAACUUUACAGAAUCUACAGAAGAAAGCCCAGCUGAAUACCUGCAAAAGUUAGACUAGUUAUGGUCCUGCAGUUCUUUCUUAUAGAGUUUUGCAACUACCUCUGUAAAACAAACAUCACAUACUGUAUAAUCAAAUGGUAUUACAUGCAAAGAUAAAUGUAAUUUGAUCACAACCAAUAAAAGGUGUCACCUACUAGAAAAAUAGGCCCAAAUAUAGCUGUGAUUAACUACUACAAAAAUAGCAUGGCAACAAGAGACAGUAUAGUUGGACUAUUCUUUCUGAAAGAUUAGCAACUGUUCAGUCUGUGGCAAAUAGAUCCAGAUCAGAAUCUGUUUCUCAGAUUCUGCAGCCAGCAUGGAACUCCUUCUGGGCUUACUCUCCAACACCAAAAGCACACACGCAUCUCACUCCUUAAGCUUAGUUUCUUUGCUGAAAUUUCCCCAUCACGUUCCUGCCUUGGACAGAGUUAGAAUUUCGUAUACUGAUUCAUAUAUUGAUUUAUUCAGCAAAUAUCCUGGGGUCUAAAAAGGAUACCCCUGUAUUCUGGGGUCUACUGGAAGCAAAGUCCAAAAAACUUAAAGCUGAGCUUUAUUGCACCCCGCCUUCUGUUCCGGCUGCCAGAGCUGUCUGUCUUUCUGGGCCAAACCGGAAAAUGAUACAAGUUCUAAAAAAUGAGAAGGGUUUCAUAAAAAGAUGUUUGAUGAUACUUUAGUUUGGAAAAUAGGUCUCUUCUGUGCCUUCAAGUUUCUGAGCCCAUGCUUCAGGCAGCCUGAGCCUGGCUUCUGACAGCAGCAGGCUUGGACAGAAGCACAGUCCCUUGGGCAAAGUCGUGCCAACAACAGAGGCGAGGUCGCUGCAAGUGCAUCCCUAUUUGCAUGGUUGCAGCCUCCUGCAGCCUGUGAACUAAGCAGGCUUCGUUCCGUUUCCCUAUAGUUUUAAACAGCCAGCUGUGAGAUAGAUUUACUCCUUUCCCAAGCGCAAUAAUCAACUCCUCUAGGACGCUCUUUUGGACAGGGCAAAGAGAAGA